UUCAAAGAAGAUAUGAAUAAAUUAAAUAAGCCCCACCUCUAUUACAGAUUAAUUAUAUCAUCUCCAAACUAGCUAGGUUAGAACGACGACACAUAUAUCAAUUCAUUAUGUUUGGAAGUGAUAUUUACUUGUUGUAUUUUGUUGGGGCCGUUCUGUUGUUGGUCGGAUCAUGCUCGGAGUCUGCUAAUACUAAUGAAACAGGCAACUUGAGAUCAUGUUCCGGCGAAAACCUAAAAAGAGUGGUGAAAAUGGGAGUUAUUGUUGAUAGUAGCUCAAGGCUGGGGAGGGAGCAGCUUGUGGCUAUUCAAAUGGCUUUUCAACAACAACAUCAUCUUCAUUUUUCUAAUUCAUGCCAGAAGUUUGAGCUCCUCCUCCGGGACUCACCUGACAACUCCGCUCAGGCAACCGCUACCGCUUUAAAUCUAAUUACGCACAAACAAGUGAAAGCCAUAUUGGGAACAUUAACAAGGGAGGAAGUAUCUUCAAUCUAUGAGAUCCACAAGCCCUCCAAAAAUAUCCCAAUCAUAUCCUUAUCUUCAUCUUCCUUAUUACUACCAAAUUCAAAAUCAAAUCAUCAGCUUUCGUCAUUUCUUCAAAUGGGUAAUGAUAUCACCCACCAAAUCCGUUGCAUGGCAGCCAUUGUUGGUGAAUUCCGAUGGCGAAGAGUCACCGCACUUUAUGAGAUUAAAAAUGAAGACUUUACCACCAACAGUAUCGCCAUUUUAAAACUCCUAUCCGAUUCACUUCGUGAUGUCAAUUCAGAGAUUGAAAAUCACAUCGGUUUCUCUUUAUCUGAUUCUAAAUUACUCAUGGAAGAGAAGCUCACGAACCUUAGUAGUCAAAGCAAUAGAGUUUUCAUAUUGGUGCAAUCUUCAAUGGAAUUGGGUAUCAUUCUCUUCAAAAAAGCAAAAAAAUUAAACAUGAUGACAGAUGGGUAUGUGUGGAUUGUUGGGGAUCAGAUUGCCAAUCUUAUGGACUCUUUAGAUUCUUCUGUUUUCCAUAACUUACAAGGCAUAAUUGGGUGUAGGAUUCAUUAUGAAGAAAAAAAAACGCGUUUCAAAAAAUUCAAAACCAAAUUCCGGAGGAAUUAUAUAUCUGAAUUCCCAGAUGAAGAAGAAGACGCUAACCCAAGUAUCUUCGCACUUCGAGCAUACGAUGCAUAUAAGGCAGCCAUCAUCAUUGCCUCCACCAACAAGAACUAUAAUAGCAUGGAGGGUUAUUUGAAAUUUGAAGGAGUGAAUGGGGAGGUUAGCUUUAAAAAAUAUGAUGGCAUAUUAUCAAAGUUACCAAUGUUUGAGAUCAUCAACGUGGUAGGUAAAAGUUAUAAAGAAAUUGGAAAUUGGUCCCCGGAAAUUGGAUUUUCUGAAAAAUUAUCACAAAAAAGAAGCACAAAUAAUAAUAAUAAUAGCGACGUUAUUAGCAUGAAAAAUUUAUGGAGUAGUACAUUGUUGUGGCCAGGUGAGAGUAGAAGGGUACCAAGGGGAUGGGAUUUUAGGGAGGGAAAUAAACUAGUAUUGAAAUUAGGGGUUCCAGCUUCGGCUACCUUUCAUGAUCUGCUACAUGUGAAGUAUAAUAAUCAAACAGGUGAUGGAUCAGAUGGGCCGCCUCAUUUCUCUGGAUAUUCCAUUACUGUGUUUAAAGCAGUUGUGGAUAAUUUGCCUUACGAGUUGCCUUACGAGUUGGUUCCUUAUAAUGGAAGUUAUGAUAGUUUGUUGCAAAAAGUGGGGAAGAAGGAGUUUGAUGGGGCCAUAGGAGACUUUGGAAUAAUUGCAUAUCGAUUUAAGUACGUGGAAUUUUCUGAGCCAUAUUUGGAAAAUGCAGCUGUGAUGAUAGUGAAAGAGAAGCCACUGAAGUGGACAAAAUUGUGGCUUUUCAUGAGAGCUUUCACUCCAGAAAUGUGGUUCAUUGUGUUAUCCAUGCAUUUGUUUGUUAGCUUUGUUAUUUGGUUGAUUGAGCGUGAACAUAAUGAUGCCUUGAAGGGAUUUGGAAACAUGCUCUGGUUCUCUGUGUCUGUCCUCUUCUAUGCUCAUAGGGAACCAAUAAAGAAGGGGUUGGCUCGAUUGGUGUUGGGGCCAUGGCUAUUCGGCAUACUCAUAAUAACAGCAAGUUUCACAGCCAGCCUAUCUUCCAUGAUGACAAUCACCAUGUCCAAACCAUGGGUUUAUGACAUUGAAACCCUUAAGCUUAAGAAUGCGACAGUGGGAUGCAUUACUGACUCUAUAUUGAUUCGAUUCUUAUCACAAGCUUCUAUUCCUCCACAGAAUGUCAAACAAAUACCUUCGUUGGAUUUGUUCCCAAACGCAUUGGAAAAUGGAGACAUUCAAGCUGCCCUUUUAACAGCUCCACAUGCGAGAGUUUUCCUCGCUAAAUACUGCAAAGGUCUCACCAAACUCACCCUCUUCAAGCUCCUCGGCAUGGGUUUUGCUUUUCCAAAAGGAUCUCCCCUGACUUUGGACAUAUCGUCGUCAAUGGGUGAGCUGAUGGAAAGAAAAGAAAUGCCGGAUUUGGAGGCCACAUUGCUAUCUACGUAUAACUGCUCAAAUAAUAAUAUUGAUGGGUUGGGAUUAGGGCCCGGACCUUUUGCUGGGUUGUUUCUCCUUGCAGCUGUUGUUGCUUCCAUCGCAGUAUUAUUCACAGCUACUCGUCUCGUAUUGCUCAAAUAUCAAUACCCCAAUCCUCAACUAAAAACUCCCUUCCCUUUCCCCAAUUAAUUUGGCUUUCAAACAUAUCAUCAUUCUUUUCCAUUCAACUCUUCAAUAUUUUGACUUUUAUUAUUCAAGAUAUGCUUGAGAAGUAAGUAAGAGAAAUGGACAAAACUUUGGGCUUUCAUGAUGGAGGCUUUUCAACUUCCCAGUUUGAAUCACAAACAACCCCUCCUAAUGUCUAGUCAAUAAAAACAUUAGUAUAUAUAUAAUAUGUUAUGACUACUAUAUAGUACACCUAAUGACUAAUUUAGUGGGGUCAAAUAUCCAAAUUGAGCACAAACAAAUACUUAUGAGGGACAAUUAAUGAGUAUUUUCAAUUGAAUUUCUUGUAUGUGUUCAUAUAUCUCUAUAUUUCCCUCCCUAUAACUAGGGGGGAAUCUCUCUUCCACCUACUUUCCCUUUUCAGCUUUCACUUAAGUAAUCUUACAUGAAUAUUAAUA